UGGCUAUAUUACAUUUUGUCCACUAGAUUGCAUUAUUAUUUGCUAAUGUAAAAUUAUCGUGUUGCAUUCUAAUUGGUAAAUUCGGUUCAAAAUUUGGUAAAAUUUUUCGCUUCAAGCUUAUAUAGUGGAAAAAUUUUGUUUUUUUCCUAUCAACAUUUUUUUGUGACACUUAUUUAAGGAAAUUUUUUUUAAUUUGUCAUAAAGUUGUGCUAUAUAUUGAAAUAGUGUUAAAAUGGUUGGUGAAUGGACUUUGCAAUUAUUAGGCAUUGUUAUCUUGAUCAAUGUGGGAAUAAUUAAUUAUUAUAAAAAUUAUGAGUAUCAAAAAGUGUCAUUCACUAAAGAAAAUGAUGAAGAUACAGAAGUUCCUCUCAAUAUUACUGUGGAAACUACGAAAGAGCUAAAAUUUAUGGAAAAUACAUCAAUGUAUGAGAAUAAUGGAACUGAAAGAAGUAUCAAAAAGAAUAAUUAUGACACUGACUACAAAGCAUUUGAUGAAAAAACUGGAGAACUAAAACAGCAAAUUAAAAUAAUGACUGAUUACUUAGAAAAUAAUUUCAAAUCACACGAUUGCAGAAUUAUUUCUAAGGACAAUGUUAGUUUAAAUGAUGAAAAAUCAAAUUUUCUCGCUAUGCAUCAAUUACUUUCUAAAAGUGCAAUUGAUUAUUAUUAUUUGUACAAUGGCUACAAUUUUAGUUUAAAGGAGCAACCACAGAUUAAUAUAACUAAAGAAAUGUUAAAAUUAAUGCCAAUAAAAUGUGGAUUACAAGCAAAAGGAGAAAAAACGACAAUUCGAACUCUUCAUAAAUUUUUCGAUGAGUAUUUGAAAAAUUUUCCAAAAAACCUAGAUAAUGAUACGUACAAUGAAUGCUACGCUGAUAGUCUCUUGCAAUUCAAUUCUGUAAAGAGAGUUAUUUAUAAUUUUUAUUUAUCAGGAAAUAAUUUCAUUAAUAGAAUUAAUUUGAGCAUGAUUAUAGAUGAGAAAUUAGGAAAAUUGAUUGAUUGUCGUUCUGAGCUUCAAAUGAAAGAUAAUCCAAAAGACACCAAAAGCAUUUAUUUGAUACCAGUGAUUAACAGUUCUGCGCUUCGUGAAAAAAAUAAAAUAUUCAAAAGUCAGUUGACUAUGGUAACUAAAUAUUUAAUGAUGAUUUUAAAUAGUAAUGAAUGCAGUGAAAAAUCUGUAAACUAUAAUUCAUUAAGUAAUGAAAAGAAUUUUAGGAAAAUAAUAUCUUUGACUUUAAAAACAGCAACUCAGAUUCACUUUUUGCAUAAAAACUUUAUAUUGAGUUUACCAUAUUCGCUACAAGAAAUAAAUGACGAUAUGAAAAAUUUAACUUCAAAAUGUCUGCCACUAUUAACGGAAAAUAGAAAAUUAUUUGAAACGCUUUAUGAUCUUUUUAGUAGCUAUUACAUAUAUUUUCCAAAAUACUUUUUUAUUGAUCGGUACAGUAAAUGCUAUUUAAAAAGUAUUUUGCAUAUUAUUGUAUUACAUUUGGAAUAUGAAUAUUUUUAUUCUGAAGAAAACAGUAGAAGUUCAUUACUAUCAAAUAUAGAAAAAGGAAUUAAAAAAAAUCAACAUUGUGCGAUGAAUUAAUAGUAUAAAUAAUUAUCAAUUCAAAAAUUCUAAAUGAUCUAAUAA